AUGGGUUGGUUUGGCUCCUCGAAGCAGGAGAAGCCUGACCCUGUAUCCCGGACGAGCAGAAAAAAAUGUUGGGAGAGUCGGGACGCGUACUUCGCCUGCCUGGAUCGCGCUAGCGUCCUGACACCAGGUGACGAAGGCGAGGCCUGCAUAGAGGCGAAGACGACGUACGAGCAGGAUUGUGCAAAGAGCUGGAUCGACUAUUUUAACAAACGCCGAGUUUUGGAGGAACAGCAGAAGGACGUCCUUAUACAAGCGAACGUUCAAGCUCAAGUCGCGGCUCGGAAAUAG